AUUGAUACUGAGAGAAAGAAAGAUCGUCAGAGAUAGGGAGGGAGAGAAACAGAGAAAGAAAGGCAGAGUAAGAGAGAUCCGCUCGGCUACGCUUCGCUCGCGCGACGCAUCCGUCUCGCUGUUUUUCUGUCCUUUUUUUUUCAUCGCCCGUAUAUACAGUCGCCCGUACGAGCGUGCUACUCGUAUCCCCGAUAGAUCGUACACGAAAUUAGUCGUACAUCCGUCGGUCGGAAGGAUCGGCUCGUGAUCCGCUCCGAUCCGCCCCGUUACACUCCGAUCCGCUCGGUUCCGCGUGCCGCGUCUGAUGAGCGAAGAGGCGGUAGAUGUCGGUGAUUAUGCGCGUAGUAAUGAGUAAUUCUGUAAAGUCCGUUGGGAUCGCAGCAGCCGCCAUCGUCGCAGUGUUUCACGAGCGUCAUGUAAUAUGGAAUUAAACAAUGUUGUUAAGACGUAAACAUGUUCUGGCUACACUGUGGACUCUUUGUUCUCGUGAUUGCCGUAUCUGGAUUUAUUAGCAGCUUAGCCGACACUACAUCUAAGCGAGAAGCCGACUACACUUUAGAUGAUUCCUUUUGGAAAGAAGAAGAAACUCCCGUUGGUGAGGUCGAACGACUACUACGCGAAUAUCGACAAAACCAGGAGCUAGUACGAAAUAUCGGUGGUCAUUACUAUCAGAUCAUCUAUCCGGUACAGCUACGGCAUCACGAGAAAAUGGGGAUCUCCACGAGAGAAGUCGGCAUAUCGAAGUUUCCUCAAAGAGGUUACGGAGAUGGAGGAUAUCAAAAUUCUAGAGGCAGAAUGAGAACAGGGAGACAUUUUCACCGGACGUCCCUUCUGAUCAAGGCCUUUAAUCACAAAUUUCGCCUAGAUUUAGAAUUAAAUACGCAACUUUUAGCUCCAAACCUUGGACAAAAAGACUUUUUAGUCGGCAACGCGGAACAAGUGUCUAAGCAGGAGAUAGAACAUUGUUAUUAUCACGGCACCGUGAGAGAUUAUCCGGGAGCUAGCGCUGCUUUUCACACGUGUAACGGUGUCAGCGGUGUCAUUCAUUUAGGCAACGAGACGUUCGUCAUUCAUCCAUUCUACGGCGGCGAUUUGUCGCAGAAACAUCCUCACAUUAUAUUUGAAGCCCGAACGAAAGCUAACAAAGGCUGCGCUAACAUGGGAAGUGAUCAGCGUGUAAAAAGUCGCCGGCAGAAGCAUAUUGGGCUAUCAGAGAUCAUCUCCGAUCGAUACAAAAGAGACGUCCGUGAAGCAACCAAAUACAUCGAAACUGCCAUCAUUAUCGAUAAGGCUAUGUUUGACAAAAGAAACGGUAGUACCAGAGCUGAGGUUGUUCACGAUGCCAUCCAAGUCGCUAAUAUCGCAGAUUUGUAUUUCCGUACGUUAAAUACUAGAGUCUCCGUCGUAUACAUCGAAACUUGGCAGGGCAGCAACCAGGCGAAAAUCGAAAGUGAUAUCGGUCAAACCUUGUCAAACUUUAACGAUUAUACGAUGCGGAGAAUGUAUCAUAUUACUCAGGACACCAUCCAAUUGCUCACAGGUGAGACAUUCUCAGGUGGAGUAUCAGGGAUAGCUGUACCAUCGACCGUGUGCAGCCAAAGAGCCGUAGGAAUCAGCGUCGAUUUAAAUACUUACGAGCCUCAUCUUUUAGCUGGUACCAUGGCUCACAUGAUCGGCCACAAUAUUGGCAUGAGCCACGACGAUGGAAGAAGUGAUUGCAACUGCCGCGACUGGCACGGGUGCAUCAUGGCUCAAUCCAUCGUCGGCCUAGAGAACGUUCAGCCGUACAAGUUUUCGGAGUGUAGUAAAACUGACUAUAUAGAAGCCUUGAAAGUCGGUAACGGCAUUUGCCUUUUCAACAAACCAAACCAGUUGGAGAUUGAGAGGAGGACAUGCGGAAACAGGGUAAUCGACGACGGGGAACAAUGCGAUUGCGGAACUAUCGAGGAAUGCCACGAGUUCGAUCCUUGCUGCGAUCCUAUCACCUGCAAAUUGACAACGGAGGCCGAAUGCGCAACCGGUCCUUGUUGCAACGAUUGUAAGCUCCGACCUCGCGGUGUCGUCUGUCGCGAAUUGACAAACGAAUGCGAUUUACCGGAAGUGUGCUCUGGUGACACCGGCCAGUGCCCACCGGACGUUUACAAGAAGAACGGCAAUCCGUGUUCUAACAACGCCGGGCAUUGCUUCAAUGGGGUGUGUCCGGCUUUGGAUCUGCAGUGCGAGCAAGUCUGGGGUUACGGCGGAGUCGCUGCCGACGAGAAAUGUUUCGAGCAAUUUAACUCCAAGGGUUCCAUCAAUGGUCAUUGCGGUACCGAUCCCAGCGGUCAUUUUAUCAAAUGCGAUCCGGAAAACGUUCGUUGCGGAUCCCUUCAAUGUGAACAAGGAAGCAAGCAGCCGGUAAUUGACGGAAUGAAGGAUUAUUAUACUAGAACUAUAAUUUCCAUUAAGAAACAGGAAUACGAGUGCAAAGCUACAACCGGAAAAGUUGAAGGAACCGAUAUGCCGGGAUGGGGAUUGGUCCGUGACGGCACAUCCUGCGGUGAUAACUUGAUUUGCGUGAAUCAAACUUGUACGAGCUUGUUUCCACACAUCGAUCAAGAGAAAUGUCCUAGCAAUCACGACAACAGCGAGUGCUCAGGAAAUGGCGUAUGCACGAAUGUCAACAAGUGUUAUUGUGAUCCUGGUUGGAGCGGACCGGACUGUUCAAUAGAGCAAUUCAUUCCGACGGCAUUGCCAACGCCAUCCACACCCGAAUCUCCGAAAUCUGGUUCGGAUUCUAAACUGGAGAAGAAAGAGACCCCCUACGAGAACUACCACGGCUCUAACACUGUAUUUUUAGUUGGUAUGCUCAUGUCGGUGGUAGGGGGUGUUUUCGUAGUAUUUGCUCUGAUGGCUCUCUGCUACAGGUCAGUCGUAGUACAUAAAAACUUCUCCCUCUGUCUCAGAAGGAAGAGCACCGUCCAGAAAUAUGACCCCCCUUACUCGAAGAAGCCGCAGCAAAAGAGCUACAGCAGUGUUUCCGGUAAUCAUCACGCGGAAGCUGCGGCGUUGGACACCGUCAACAAGAUCCUCACCUUCGGCAGAAUGCCUCAAUACAGCCGCGGCGAGACCCAGCGCGUGCUGUUUCGACCCCCGAAUAACGUCGCCGCCGCCGACGGGCCAAGAGUCAAGGAGCAUAAACCGCAGCCGAAGAGGCACGGCGUGGAGGAGGAAGAUGGAGGUACGGGAGCAGAGGAGGUUGUCUCUUUCAUUGAUCUCCCACCAAACAAUCUCACAAAGUUGCCUGAGAAGGGAAUUUUAAAGAAACACGGUGGUUACGGAAUAGGUGGAGGCGCGAUAGAGCACGUGGAAAGAACCCUGAAUCAGCUGAAUGGCUAUCACGAGGACAUACUCGAGGUGCUGAAGAACGCGGCCAGCCGUCGCGAUCUCGCGGGCACUCCAUCGGGCAGCGGCAAUCUCCUGGACGAGGACGCACUACGCAAGUCACUGGCCGAGUGCGGCUACCCCGAUGUGUACCGCAAGGACACUGACGGCCAGGACAACGGCAUCGACAACGGACAGGAGGACGAGGAGGAGGAUGUGGAACUGCAGCCGCCGUGCGGCACCAUUCGUAUACGCACUCUCGAGGACCUCAUUCGCCAACUCGAGCAUCGAGCGACUACGAGACCCUACAUGAGUGGCCAGAUGAGUCCGAGCGGGUCCGAAGAGAUACGAAUAUCCGAGGGUGAUCCGGAUCGACACUACAGAAUCGAUUCUUCUGUCUGUAGCGAGUCAUCUCAAGGAAGCAGAAGAUGUAGCCGCGGCCGCGACGAGGACGCUAGUAGAUUCGUCUACGGUAGAUACCGUCAGCCGACGUCCCGCAGUCCUUACGGCAACCAUCAGCACACCCAUCAACACUCCCAUCAAAUGCACCUCGAGGACGAGGGUAUCUAUGAAACUGCCGAUCCUGACAGAGGCUCAAAUACUAGGGGUGAAACACCCGAUUGUGAAAGUGAUGCAUUUAUUCAAGCUCAACAACAAGUAGCCCGGUGGACUAGUGAGGACGGAGGAGGAGUGCAGCACCGGCCGCCGCAGCAGCCACCCCCGCCACCCGCUAUGCAGUUGCCGGUGCAGCAACAGACGCAGCAGCAGCAACAGCAACAGCAGCAGCAGCAACAGCAACACCAACUGCCGGUGGAACAACUGCCAAUUAAGCAGCGCGGCUAUUAUCCAUCCCCCCCACAGACCGAAAACAAUCUCGACGCUAGCAACAACGCCGAGGUCGAAUCUGCUCAAUCACAGCAACAACAGCAAACGCUAAGCGACAUUCGUGAAAUCGAUGUUAAUCACUUGCCUAAUAUUAACAAACGCCCAAUAGACGAUAACUUUAGCCUAGAUUGUAAUAUAAUGAAUAAUGGUUCUCCCAAAGAAUUACUUACCAACAACACUAGUGAUAAUGAAAAUACUGCCCUACUGCCCCAUACGCAUUUUCCUGAGUACAAGCAUUGAUAAUUAAUUAAUCGAUGACAGAUAGUGUCCGAGGAAAAAAAAAAAAAGAGAGAAAAGGGAAAAAAAAUCGUAAUAAUAAUAAUAAUAAUAAUGCAGUAUAGUGGUGUGACAAUGAUGACGAUGACGACGAUGAUUUAAUCUCGAACUCGCAUUUUAUACUGAAUAGUGUAAAUAACGAUGAACCGUAAUUGCAUCGGUUACGACAACAACAACAACAACAACACGUAUGAAAUUAUAAUGAAUUCAAAUAAUCUAUAUGAAAUGUUUAUUAAUAAACAUUAGCAAAACGAUUUACUCAAA